AUGGCCGCGUCCGAGUUGGAGAGGAAUCUUGCCACAUGCAUACUCUGCUGCUUGACUAGUGGUUGGGCCGUAAUGUGCCUGGUAAUCGUUGCGAUGAACUUGGCCAUACCGGGACUUCCAUUCAUGCAAGAGCUACUGGUGACGAUGCUCAGCCUGACAUGUUUUCUUUGCCUAUCCUGUCGCUUGAUGGUCGUCAGUGAUGGUGAAGCAGAUCGAAGCUAUGGCCCUGGAUUCGGCUGUCUUGGGCCUGGGCCUCCUUACAAUCAGAUCUGGUCUUCAAUGAGGUUCCCGGCGCUUGAUGAUGCCCAGCCCGUAUUCCAUCUCUUUCAGUUGAAGACGCCCUCCAACUCCUCGAGCCCUCCAGUGAAAGCUGUGCUCAAAAGAGUCUACAUACCAGAGAAGCCUCACAUCACCCCGCAGAAAACUUGUGCCUGCUGCUUGGACGACUUCGCCAAUAGCGACCUUGUAGCAUUGUUGCCCUGUGGACAUGUCUUCCACGAGGUGUGUAUUAUGAGGUGGUUCGUGACUCAAGCGUCCGCCGGUGUUUGCCCAAUGUGUAGAUCCUGCUCCACCCGAGGGCCUGUGUCUGGACCAUAA